CGAAACAAAGAUAUUAGCAACCCAAACCAAAUACUUAAUAUACAACAGUCAAGCUCAUGCGAUACCUGCGAGCCUGCUCUCGUAGGCUAGCCAGGUCUUCGACUCGACGUGGUAGCGAAAGGAAACAGUCAAUACAUUUGGCGCCCAUACCGAAGGCGGGGUGACGCGCGCGUACCGCCGCCGUCAUUGCUACCACCACCUGCUCUUGUCCCGCUAAUAUCCCAUCACAAAGGACAGCGGCUUCCCGUCGGAUUGGUUUAGGCUUUAUGCCACCCAGAAUACUGAAGAAUCUUCUCGCCAAAGUUAAGGGCAAGGGCGACAAGAAUAUCACGCGUAUACGGAGGAGACGCGCUCUGGCGGACGUCGCAUGGAAGGCAUAUCCGAGGCUGCAACUCCUACUUUUUGUGAUAGGCUAUGUAUGGUUGCUUACAAUCCCAUCUACAUUACACGGACAGCGGACGUACAUCGACGAGAAUGCCUUGCAGCCAGGGCAGGUCAAUACGAACUGGAAUUGGGGCGAUGUUCAGCGAGCCGACCGCUACCUUGAACACCUGGAGCUCAUGAGAGACCGGAACGCUUCGAGUCACGAAACAGCCACGUUUAUCUCGAACGAGUUUCGCAAGCUGGGAAUACCUUCCUCUACCCAGGAAUACGGGUUCUUGACCACGUCGGGGGUGGUCAGCGGAACGAACGCAUAUGCUGUGCUUUCAUCACCUCGCGCGUCUGGGACGGAGGCCAUGGUCAUCAGUGCCUCGAGGCUCAGUCGAACCAGUGAGGGGGACGGGACGCCAAAUCUCCGAGGCGUUGCCACCGUCCUGUCCCUUGCUGCGUGUUUCAAAGGGUAUUCAUUGUGGGCCAAAGAUCUUGUUUUUGUAAUCAGUGAUGGCUAUCUAGACGGUAUGCAGGCCUGGAUCAGCUCAUACCACGGCGUCACGCAGUCCAAUCUUGUAGCAGAACCAUUACAGCUGUCGUCUGGGAUUAUUUGGACAGCUUUGAACAUUGACUACCCUGGGCAUUCGUUCUCCCACUUAGGAGUGUUUUUCGAGGGCCUGAAUGGGCGAUUGCCCAACCAGGACCUCAUCAAUUCCUUCCAGAUAAUCUCGCGGCACACAGGAGGCGUCCCUGUGCUCGUUUACGAGCACAUUGACCAGAACGAGUUUCCAGACCUCGUACCGGACCUCGUACCUCAGUGGCUGCCAGACGGUAUAAGACGUCACGAUACAACAAAAGAGUACGCCUACCGGGCCCAGAAUGUCAUACGCCACGUUGGCUACCAGGCGCGGGGUCGUGCGAGCGGCGUGCACGGGCUAUUGCACCAGUUUCAUAUCGACGCCAUCACCCUGUUCGCCGUUCCCGCGCAAGGUCCUCAUGGCUUCCACGCCAUCGGUCGAGUCGUCGAGUCGACGCUGCGCACGAUGAACAACCUACUAGAACGGCUGCACGCGUCUUUCUUCUUCUAUCUACUCGUGGGCAGCACGACGUUCAUGAAGAUCGGUAGCUUCCUGCCUGCGCCGGUGCUCGUGAGCACUGCAAUGCUCAUCGGUGGAAUGGGCGCGUGGACGCGCGCGCGCUGGACCAGACAAGAACAGGCGGAGUACGCUACAGAGAAGGGGGAAGAGGAUCGCGACGUGCCAGCAGAGAGGUGGGUCGAGCGGUCGAGGCCUAUCGUGCCCGCCCUGUUCGUCAUCGUCUACACCCACGCGCUCGGCAUCGUGUUAUUCCAUCUUUGUACGCGGCCGUGGAUCGCCGCGGGUGGAAAGGUAAGUUCGUCUACUUUUCCGGGCAUGAGUGCGACUAACGGGCGACAGCUUGCGUCGACUUUGCUGUUCGCCACUGUGUCCGUCGCAGCAGGGGCAGGGUCUCUUCUAGCACGAUCGGAGUCAUCGAGCACGAAGUCUCCAAACUAUAUGAUCCUCAAAACUUUCAACCUAUGCCUCGCCUCAACCGUCAUUUCCGUUACGUCCGUGCUGAACUUCUCCCUCGCUGCAACUCUCGCGGUUUUCAUGGGUCUACCGUUGACGCUCUCCGUGCCCUCACGAUCCGUAACGGCUGGACUGGCGAAAUUCGCGUUGUAUACACUGUUCGCCCUCGGAUGGCUUCUCUUUACACCGGGAGAGAUAGCGCAGGCCGUCAAAAACUGGGAAAUUCUCCGUGUGUGGUUUGCGCCAUUUGUGUGUAUAGUGUAUACCCCACUGGUAUUACAGGCAGGCAUCAUCUGCCUACUGCGCCCGUAACACCGACACCUCAUGUACUUAUCUAUCUCGAGUAUACGACCGUGCAUCAGCCUAUGUCCAUCUGGCUGUCAGCAGGAUCUCCAAAGAGGUCGCCCUCGUCGCUGGACGCGUCGUCCCCAUCUCCGCCUUCUGACCCGCCUGCAUCGUCCGCGCCGCCCUCCAUCUCUAGUCGGCGCUUCUCUUUCAUCUCGUCCCGCUGGGCAAGUUUCGUGUCGAGAUCCGCCUGCAGCUUGCGGAGCGCGUCCUCGAAGCGGCGCUGGGAUGUCUCGGUUAGCAGUGCACUGUACGCUAAGUGACAGACUACGACAUACUCUGAUCAGCGGGUUCGCCGAGCUCGCGAUCUCCUGCUUCUUCUUCGCAACGGCCGCAUCCAAGUCUCGGAUCUCCUCGUUCAGGAGCUUCUUCGCUUGCACCGCCUCGUCGUCCUCGUCGUCCUCCUCAUCUUCGUCGCUUUCGUCCUCAUCCUCAUCUUCAUCGUCGUCACCAUCACCCUCCUCAUCCGCCUCGUCGCCGAGCGCCAUGUCGAGCUCCGCGGCCAAGUCCUCGUCGAUAUCACCCUCUGCCUCCUCGCCCUCGUCUUCCCCGCCCUCCCCCUCGCCUUCGCCGAAGUCUGCACCAGGCGUCAUUCCAUCUCCCGCCUCCGAGCCGCCAAAACCUGGAGUCUCGGGUUCUAUAGCGUUUUCUCGAUCAAGGUACUCAGAGUCGGACAGGUCGGGGUUGACAUUCUCCAGAACAUCUGCGAUAGCGAAUGAGAAGCUAAAUCACGGCUGGUUUGCAAGUUGCUCACCAUACCGCACCUCGUCUGCUAGCUCGUCCUCUUCCAGGAGCCGCUCGACUUCUUGCUCCACUGUUUCAAUUGUCUGCAGGAGAUGUCAGCAACACUCCCAGCAGAUAGAUGGACCCGCGGACCCGACGGUUUAUGCGCUUACGGAACCUUCGUUUCCUGACAUGAUGCAGAGGAGGCGUAAUCCCAUGAGGGUAAAUGAACUCGUCGAUGUUAAUAUUCUUCUGGUUCACAAUGGCAUCUUCAUUGGGUAUCGGCUCUCCAACCAACAGCAUCUAUAGUGAAAGCAGGAG